GUACAGAUCGUUCAAGCACGUAGAGGGUCUUCCCGCCCCAUGAGUGGUACAAGAUGAGGGGCUUAUCAAGGAAAAAAGGUGGUAACCCUAAUUCACCAUCAAUAGAGUUGUGUACUUAUGGAUUCAAAACCAAACUUAGAAUCUCACUAAGACCUGAAAGCGGUAGGCCUGAAUGAGGAGGUUGGUCCUCUUUGGUUUUUCCGGCCUUCAAAUUUUUAAACACUCAAGUUUUUUCCAUCCUAAAAUACAAAGACAUUUCAGAUUUUAGAUAUGUUCCUAUAUAAAAAAAUACCUGAAAUAAAAUUCUCAUGGAGCCACCAUCUGGUGAGAAACUUAUGGGACAAUAUCCAUUCACCAUAUUGAGAUUUGCUCCACCUCUCCCCUACCCCAAUUCCCUUUUAAAGGCCUCCGGAGAUGAUGUUGUCCUGCUCGCCAACAGCCUAAGUAUUUGUGAAUGUCCAAGGAUUGAAUAUUUGCAAAAACAAGCCAGAUCCAGAGAAGAGUUUGUCGAAUGGUUCCGACAUGGGAAGCUCGUGGUUGCAAAGGUCUUUCUUGGGCACAGUGCUCAAGCUCAGGAAGGGAAUAGAAUCACCCAAGCGGACUAUCCUGGGAUCAAUUCUGUGUACAGACCUCGCAAGACUUCCCCCAGUGCCACCUGUACAGCCAGCAGCCUAGUUUUGGCUCUGCAAGAGAAGCCGAAGG